AAAACUGCAGGAAAAACAAAGAACACAGGAACAAGCAGAAACCCAAACGGAGCCACAGGAGGGAAACACACGGCCAGGACGCUGGAAUAUGACGUCAGCGCCACAACACGGCAUUCUGGAGCAUGUAGUCCAGCAGCGACCAGAGGAGACUCAGAACCAGAACCAGAACUUUACAAAUCUUUGAGGCGUACUGGUAUUUUUCUUUUGUGUGUGUUUAUGCAAAAGAUCAACUCAUCAGUUUGGACUUUAGAAGUUGAGAACAACCUGAAAUUUACUGAUUUAGUGCAGAUUUAAUCUUAGCGGUUUGAAAUGUGCGCUUCCUGCAGCUCAGGGGUUUUGUUGCUGCUGCUCUUGUGUUUUUUAGAUUAUUCUGAGUUUUUUCAUUUUUCUCUUUUCUUUGUUUGCUUUCCUCUGUUAUUUGUGUUAAUUUUCAAGUUUUUGUUGUGUUCAUUAUGACUGACUGUUAUAACCUCAGCUUGACGUGGUUUCCCUUUGGGUUGGGUGUGUUAUUGUUUGACCACACAGACGGCCGGCCCAAAACAUAAGCAAACUAACCAGUUGUUCAGGGCCCAUCAGGGGCUUCCCAUUAAUACUUAUGUUUUAGCUUAAACCAUUGAUGUGCACUUUUCACAUUUGUUUCAGCAUUAAUAAAUUUUAGUCUUUAUUAUUUUACAGUGAGAUUUAAAGGAAUUAUCUCAAACUCAAGCAUAAAGUUGAAUUCUUUAUGUUUGAGUUUGGUUUGUUUACAAAUAACUAAUUAUCUGUGACUGUUUUUAGGUUCAGCCAAUUAAACGGAGACCUUUUUAACAAAUAUGUGUUGAAACUGUUCAUUAGCCGGAAGAGGGGCCCCACAUCAAAUUCAGCUGAAGGCCCCAUUCAGACCUAGGUCGGUCCUGACCGCACAAAUUGAUUUACAUAAUUAUCAGACUAAUAUCUGAAGAUGUUUUCUUUAGAGGAGGGGUUCGGUUCGGUUUGGACCUUGAUGCGGCAAAACGCUGUCAUGUUUGGGAUUAUGCGCCGCGCCGCUCAACUCGCCGCGCGCGGCGGCGGCAGGAAGUGUGCUGCUGAAGCGGCGGCGGGGGGACACAGCAGAAAAAGUCGGAGGGUGAGCAGGAGGAGAAAAUAAGCAUGUCUAAUCUGUGAAAGGUGCACAAUCUGUGGGUCCAGGCCGUGCAUCCUUCUGCUGGCGGGUGCAGAGGCCAACCGAGGGUGAUUCCUCAUUGGCUGGUGUGCCCAUCGCUCCCUGCUGGCCCGCCACCCCAAGGCGGGCCGUGAUUGGCUGGAUGUCCUUUGGUGGUGGAAUAUGGCCUGGAGUCUCAGCUAAAGAGCUAAGCACCCUUGUCUUCUCCCCUCCCCCAUCCCCCCUAACCCCCCAACUCUUCACUGUUCAUUACUACGUUGUGAACCGUGACUCCUUCCAACUGCUCCGGGGUAGAGUACUAUGGCAAUGCAUGAUAUGAGUCGUGCCAAGGGAUUCCCCUGUAAAGAAUGUGAUAUGGUCUGCCCGAGUACUCCAAGUCUUCUAGAGCAUAUGAAAGCACAUUAUCAGCAGGAAGAGAGUGGUCGUUUUGAGUGUGAACAGUGUGGACGGAUUUACAAGCACGCAGCCAGCCUAGCCAACCAUAAGAAGUCUCACGAAGUGGGUUCGUUCCAGUGUCCAGUCUGUACGCGUACGCUGCCAAACGCGGUAGCUCUGAAAAACCACCUUCGGAUCCAUACUCUGUCCCCAAGCAGUGCACACGCAGAGGAGGAGAACGAGGAGGCCCCUGAGGAGGCGGGCCAAGACGAGAGGAGCUUCGGCCUCGCCCAGGACCUCUCGGAUGGGUUUGGUCGUUCCCAUCUGAACAACAGUGGUGUUGGACAUAGUGUCCUACCUGGCCACGAGACAGACGACCACGGGAAAAAAGGCUCCCCUGAAUCUGACGACGCCUGGGACAGACCGUUCAAGUGUGACCAGUGUGACCGAACCUAUCGGCAUCACGGUAGUCUGGUGAACCACAAAAAGUGUCACCAACAAGGAACUUUUAAGUGCUCUGUGUGUUUUAAACAAUUCAGCAAUCUGGCUGCGCUAAACAGCCACGAGAGGACUCACUCAAAGUUCAAGACUCCAGGGGCGACCAUGGUGAGUAGCGGCGCAGGCAGCAGCCUCCAUGAUUCGGAGCGCAGCGCCGGCUCGCAGUCAUCUCAGAGCGAUGAGUCUGCCUCCUGUUUCUGCCACUUGUGUCAGAUAGCGCUGCCGAACAAGGCAGACUUCCAGGAGCACAUCCUGCUGCACAACACGGCCUCGCCCUCACUCGGACUGCCACGCAGCUUCCCCGGCAUCAUGCCUCACAACCUGAGUGCCGUGCGGUCCCCAGCGUACACCCCAGCACUAGGUGACCCUCUGCCCCUACCCCCGCUUCCUGCAGAUAAAAGGGGCCCGUACGACCCAAUCAUGGGUCCCCCAGUCAACAACCCCAUUUACACAUGUGCAUACUGUGGGGCUGGACACCCAGACCUAGAGACUUUAAAAGUUCACUAUCUUACCCAUGAUCCUCAUCCACCCUCCCACAGUCAGGACAGCUCCAUACUCAACUCGGACACACUCAGCUCUGGAUCACAGGGCUCAGUGGCAUCGCCCUCUGGUGGCCGGGUGCCUCAGGCCAAUUCUCCAGAUGACGAAGAGCGCCGCUUCAAGUGUGGAGAAUGCGGCAAAAGCUAUCGGCAUGCAGGGAGUCUGGUCAAUCACAAACGAUGCCAUCAGACCGGCCACUACCAGUGCACCAUCUGCUGUAAGCAGUACCCCCACCUGGCGGCCCUACACAGCCACCUGCGGAGCCACAAGGGCCGCCCCUCCAACCAGCCAAUCGGCAACGACAGCAGCGACUGGCUGUCUCCUGAGCCGCUCUCGCUAGAUUCCCAGCAGAGCUACGUCCAGGAGGGCAACACCACAAACACUCCUAUCUCACUGCCAGGAAACCUUGGUGAUUCCUCUCACUUUGUGCCGGAUGGCGGCCAUAGCAGCGGGUUGGACUCCCUAGAGUUCCAUGAUCGGUUUGACGGUAGCUCGCUUUCCCAGAGCAACUCUACUCACCGACAGGCAGACAGACACGUGUGUGCCGACUGCGGCGAGAUGUACGGGGAUGUUUCAGGCAUCAAGUCGCACAUGUGUCCCCGCCGUGGACAGCAACAGCCGCCACAGCAGCAGCAAAGCAACAUCUCUAAUGGUUUCAUGGGGAACAUGAACUACCACAGCUCUGGUGGGACAUCCAUGCCCUCCGGGAGCUCCAGUAGCAUUAAAGAAGGCAGCAGCCAGAGACCCUACUCCCAGAGUGGGGGUAAGAGGAUGGGCAGCAACGACAAAGAAGACGACGAUGAUGGAGAGGUCUAUCAGUGCUCGGUAUGUGGCAAUCACUAUGCCAGCCUAAGAGCUCUCAGAAGCCACCUUCGCAGUCAUGCCAAUAACCCGAUAGGGGCAGGACCAUCAAAUCUGGAUCAGGACUGGAGGAUGAUCUGCUCCACCUGUGGCCAGAGCUUCUCCAGGAAGCAGGACCUCCUGAAUCAUCAGUUAAUCCACGGCCCCCAGAGGCCGGACGGCCAGCAGCAGGGUAUUGCCGGCGGCUCAGCCAAUGGCAGUGACAAGAUGGACGGACGUAACCACAUAUGUGUGGACUGUGGCAUGUUUUUUGCCGACCAACACCACCUGGUCACUCACAUGUGCCCCGGUAAGAACCGAGGAAUGAAUAAGUCUGGCCUAAAUGGAGGUAAAGGGAUGUCUGGCGGUGAAGGUGUAGCUGGAGCCAGUGGCGAUGGGCGCAGGCCAAUGGUUGAUCAAAGUGACAAACCACACAAAUGUGACCAGUGUGGACGAGGAUACAGACACCCCUGCUCGCUCCUCAAUCACAAGAAGUCUCAUAAAACCGGCGUUUUCCGCUGCCUGGUGUGCCAGAAACGCUACUACAACCUGCUGGCGCUAAAGAACCACCAAAGGACCCACUUCGACCUCAAAAGGCACAAGUGUGAGGAAUGUGGCAAAGCCUUCAAGAUCCAAAAGCAGCUUAUCAACCACCUCCGUCUCCAUGAGGAGCACCGGGCCAAAGGUCUUGUCCGGACCGGUCCCAACGGUUCCCGCUUCCAGCAGCCUGGACCAUCUCAAAUGCAGACAAUGAGAGCGGAGUCCUCAAAGGGCCCAGUCAUGGGGGUCAAGUACAGCCAUCAAGGCUUUAAAAAGCCUUACUCGUCGGCCGGGACCUCCAGGCCCCAGAAGUUUGACCCUGCUGAAAGUGGGCGAAGACCGUUUGCCUGUGAGGAAUGUGGAAAGACGUACCGCCACGCCGGCAGCCUGGCCAAUCACAAGAACCUUCAUAAAAUUGGAGAGUACCACUGCAACGUUUGCAACUCCACGUACCCCAACCGGUUGGCCAUGAAGAACCACCUGCGCCUCCACUUUGCCCAGAAGAAGCACAACUGUCAGGAGUGUGGCAAAGGUUUUCGCACUCAGCGGCAGCUUGCCACUCACACUACAGCUGGCUUGUGCAAAGGCCCGCAGGGCCCUGGGGCCCAAAUGGACUUUGAGUGCGACGGCUGCUGCGAAGGAUUCGCUACGGCUGACGAACUGUCUGCUCACGACUGCCCAGCUCAGCACCUUCCUUCGUCUUCCUCCACCAGCAGCUCGGCCAACAUCAGCAUGGAGAGGAGCUCUGUGGACAUGGAUUCUGACGAGCGGCCGUACGCCUGUGACCUCUGCAGCUGUACCUAUAAGCAUGCUAGUUCUUUGCUCAACCACAAGCACACCCACAAGACCGGAAACUUCCGCUGCAACUUCUGCGACAAGCCCUACACCAAUUAUAUGGCCUUGCGCAACCACAUGCGCAUCCACACGCAGCGCAAGAAACACAUCUGCCACACAUGUGGCAAAGCUUUCCGGUUGGCAAGGUUCCUGCGUAACCACCAGAAGGUGCAUGAGGAGGGCGCCACGCCGUUCGGCUGCCCCAGUUGCGGGAAGAGUUUCCAGGGGAGGUCCGGUCUGGCCCGGCACCGCUGUGGGGACAACCAGGUAGGCAUGGAGGUCAGGAGGAAGGCCGCUGCACCCCCAGGAGAGGGAGAAGAGUGUCGGUACACAUGUGAUCAGUGUGGCCGCUCCUACCGCCACGCUAGCUCCCUGCUCAACCACAAGAACACCCACACCAUCGGCAUCUACCACUGCGCCGUGUGCCUGAAGACCUACAACAACCUGCUCGCCCUAAAGAACCAUCGCCGCAUCCACUCUGAGACCCGCCGCCACCGCUGCCAUGACUGCGGGAAGGCGUUCCGCGUCUCCUCGCAGCUCUACAACCACCGGCGGGUCCACCAGAAGCAGCGGGAGCUGACCUGCCGGUCCUGCCAGCGAGCCUUCCCCACGCAGGCCAGCUUCAGGCUCCACAUGGAGAUCACCCACGGCCAGAUGCCGCAACCCCGCCAGCCCAGACCCCAGCAGCACCGGCCGGGCGGCUCCCAGGAGCUGGGCUGGGGGUCGGGCCUCGACCUCACCCUCAUGCAAGAGCAAGGACUCGAUCCCGGCAGCUUGGCUAAAGGCCGUGGCCGCGAGGGCAACGAUGAGGUCGCCAAGCCCCACAUUUGCAACCAGUGUGGACGCUCGUACCGCCACGCUAGCUCGCUGCUCAACCACAAGAACAGCCACAAGACCGGGACCUUCUUCUGCUCCUCCUGUCAGAAGGAGUUCCCCAACCUCAUGUCCCUCAAGAACCACCGGCGCAUUCACACCGAGCCCAAGCGCUACCAGUGCCCGGACUGCGGGAAGUCGUUCCGGGUUUCCACGCAGCUCAUCUGUCACCGGCGGAUCCACACCAAGGAGAAACCCUUCUCCUGCCAGCAGUGCGACAAGCGCUUCUCCUCCAAGUCCAACCUGCGGCACCACAUGAAGGUGCACUGGAGCGGCACCACGCCGCCGCCGUCGGCCAUGGCAGCACCCAACUACCUGGGCAUGCCCGGCGGACCUUUCGUUUAGUCUGAGCGGGUGUCCAGUGCUGGCGGUGCCAAACCGUGGCUGAACCUUCGUCCUCCUUGUUGUGUGGUGGCAGUGUGUGAGAGGACAGAUAAACACACACAGACCUUCUGCUAACCAUGCCUCCCUGCAUGAUGCCCCCCCACAGCUGCAGCGCCCGAGCCUGACCCGGACUGUGGGGUCGUCGGGUCGCCGCUGGUUCCUCUGGUGGCCUUUGUCAGUGUUUUAAAGCCUUCUCACUCUAACACGUAGCACGAGUGGAGCUUGGCUGUCGGACCUUCACGCCUCCAUCGGGCAGCAAAGACUCGUGGGACUUUAUCAGACUUAAGACGCGUAUGUGUGCUGCAGCAGAGAGACACUUCCUAUUAUCUGGUUCACACACACGGACUCAGAGUGGGUGAUUUCUGUGCCAACGAGUUUGUUAAAACGCAUUUCAUUUACAUUUCUCAAACCACAGAUACGCGUUUGUAUCCAACUGUGUUUGGAUUUUCCGUAACAAGUUCUCCUCCUGCUCUACUCUUUCCUCCGCCGCUGACGCUGCACAGGAAGUUUGGUGUUCAGUCCUGGAUCAGUCUCAACAUUCCCGGUCCAACCCUGAAACGGUGCAGAUGCUGGAAGAACAUCUGUUUGCUACGGUGGCUCAGAGAGCUCAACUUCAAUGUUGCAGAUUUCCAGCCACAACUUUGAGCUGAACUGGGUCAAAAUAAGUGAAAUCAGAGGAAAAACAUAUCAGAAAUUUAACAUUCAGAAAGAAAAGCCAGAUUUUUAUUUCUAUUUUUAUAGAAAUUUAUUUAUAUUUUAUUUUUAUUGAAACUCGAUUUAAACUUGUUAAUUUCAGUCCCUGAAAUUAACUUGCAAUUUAAUCAGAAAACUGGCAACAAAGUAAACAUUUUCAAUUAAAAAAAACUUUUUUAAUGCUAAAUUAUUGACCAAGUUCUGGUUCUGGAGAAUUUUCCUCCCCCACCAGAACCAAAUCCGUGUUGAAGUCUGAAGUCCUGGUUUUGCUGAAGAUUCAGUUUCCUCUAAAGGGCCGGAAGCCCCGUCGCUGAUCAGAACCCGGUUUUACUCUUCACGCCUGCAGAACCUGACGGACUGAGCGGAUCAGAACCAGAACUGCGCCUAAUGUUGCUGUGUGGCUGCUCUGAACCCUCUCAGUCACCGUAGUUUACCGAUCACAGCGCUUUUCUCAAAUCAGACCAGAAACAGGUUCUGGUUCUGAAUUGGACUGUGGAGUUUUUAUCUCAUGAGUGUUUCUGACCCGGAUCAGCCGGUUCUCCUCCGACUGGAACCGGAAAUUCCUCCAUAUUUGUCCUGCUGGCUGUGGAUUCAGACUGCAGCGCCACCUGCUGGCUUAACCAGCAGAACCUCAUCAGAAACUGCAGUCCGUGUGUGUGAACUGGAUCCCGAACUCGUAUCUCUGUGGCUUUGACCGAAGGAAGCAGAUCCUGUAGUAACUCAUUUAUUUAUAUGAAGCUGAUUAUUGAUUAUUGAUGAUUAACUCGUGUAUCGGACCGCGCUAGUGUUUAGGCUGUGUGACUUUAGAGCCGUGUCGAUGUGAAGCCCCCUUCCGCUCGGAGCCGACAGACUCAUCCGGAUCCUGCCUUCUUCACCCCGUGACGUCACGCCGACUCCCUGCUUCCGGACGGACUUCCCGGCCGAGUCGGCGGGACGCCCGGCUCUGUCCCACUUCCUGUAUUUAUUGGUGUUUCUUUCCCGUUUCCCUUAUUUAACUGUUGGAAGCCUGUGUGUGUCUGUCAGCGUGUCGAGGAGCACCGGUGCUAGUCAAAAAAUAAAAAUAAAGUGAAAGCCGUGCAGUGACCGUCAAGUGCUGUAGGAGUCCAUGUGAUCUAGAACACAGAAAUAUCCCCAUCCGCCGUCUGUCCUCCGACACUUCCUGCCUGCAUCUCAGUAGAUUAGAGAAGAAGAAAGUUUGGAGCAGCUGUAAUCCUCCGUUUGAAGCUCAAACUUUCUGUUUUCAUGCGUAUAUAUGAUGUAAUGCUUACUAUACACUUUUAUAAACUAUGUUUUGAUAAUUCAUUUCUUAACAGAGAACUUGUCCAUAUACUAUAACCCUUACUGCUGAGUACUGAAAAUAAAUAGAUGAGAAAAAAUAA